AGGGGAUUCCCCUUACGUCACAAAAAAUGCAUCUUGGGAGUUUCAAAGUUCUCCACUUGUUCUGAUGGCGUUUAUCAACAACUCUUGUUCCAAAUUAAAUCAACAUGACUGAAUCAACGAUCAUCCCCACACGUCUGCGGAUGGAUCCUAUAGCGUCUGACUUUGUGUCACCAUCAUCUGAAGUCGUGUCUCCUCUCUCUCCAUCACAACAUUUCCAAUACUCACAGUCCCAAGCUCCAACUUCACUUUACUUGUCGAAUGAUGAUCAACAGCGGGUUGUGGCAGCCCAGAUUCGACGUGCCAAAGUCAGAUUACAGGAAGCUGUUGUCAAAGGAAAUAAAGAACUUUGUAAAAAAGAGUGUACUGGAUUGUUGGCUAUUGAUGUACCUUUACACGUUAAAUAUGAUAAACUUCAAGUAAAAGAUUUGCUUCGUGACAACUCAAAGCUUGCAGAAAGUGUAGAUGCUACAUUGUCAGCCCUUGGGGCGGGGAUAACAAUCUUAGAGAAAUAUGCCAAGAAUUUACUGAAACCUCUGACUCAGAGACCAUCAGUCUGGAGAACUGUCAAAUUCUCCAAUGAGAUAUUCAGACAGAGGGUUGCAAACAUCAAGGGUUCUGUGGAGAUAAUAAGAACAUUGGGAUAUACAGUUGAACUGCCAGAUGGUUUAACCUAUCCUGAAGGCAUAGAACCAGACCAUGAUAUCAUUCUGCGACUUACAACAGAGCUUGUCAUGCUACAAAAUGAGCUUACUGCCUAUAGAACUGGAAACCACCCACAUGCCAAUGUCUUGGAAGCUCAUCUUCUUCAACUUGAUACAAGUGACACAGGAGUGAAGCAAGCUGACAUUCAAUUGCAAUCUAUACCAGUCAACCCCACUGGUGCUCCUCUACCUACUGAUAGCAAACAGACUGAAGUAAAGGACACUGCUGGUGAUGGGGAUGAGGCUAAAUCAAGUUCAGAUGAUGAGUUCUGUUCUCUUCCACCAGAUGCCACAGAUGCCCCUACAAGCAGUGAGAUGUGCCACGUUUGUGGAGAAACAUCUGUGGCUGUAAAAUGUGAGAAUUGUGAACACGAGACAAAUAGCUUCUGUAACAACUGUGAUAAUGUAUGGCACAAGAAUCCUAAGAGACAGUCCCACAAAAGGACCCCUCUCUAUGGUGACAUUCUGGAGAAAUCUGAUUACCAUCAGUCAGAAACAAUAAGAGUGAUUCCUGGUAAAAGUAGUGCUGCUGUGUCAACCUCCAAUAGUCCAACUUUGUUGUCAACAGAUGAGCAGCUGAAGUUUCUACGACAACAGCAACAACAAAACUGGCAAAAAUCCAAAGAGAAAGUCAGUGCGCCCCAUAAUGCAUCAGAUCUGGCAGACGAUGUUAUUAAGAAGCCUGUACAUCAUCCCCCAGGGGUAACCACACAACAGUCACAUGGAUUUGCCUCCAGCAGUUCAGUAUCUACCCAUUCUAAACCAGGUGAUUCAAGAGGUGACACUGUAGGACCGCAGAGCCUUCUAAAUUACAACUCACAGACGGGACGUCCCCAUUAUACCCUCAUCUCUGGCUCAAAGCCAUCCAUCACCAGACGGAUGACCCCAGAACGUAGCCCCACACCUACAGGACAAAUGAAUGUAGGUCCCUGUCCAAAGUGUUACGCUAUGAUAAAUUACAGUGAAAAUCGAUGCAGCCAGUGCAAUGCUCAAAUAUCAGAGGACUUUAAACUGAAAGUGAAAAAGGAGGAUCUUGUCCCUGGAAUGCAACAUGCGACCCCCAAACAUCUAGGUCCACAAGGAGAUGUACUAAUGCUAGAUCCAAAUGCUCCUAAUCUCACCUUACCAAAACAAAGUCUUUCGCCAAAUCCUUCAUUGCAGUACCCAAUGCCUAAUAGCCCUGACUACAAUCAACAUUUAUAUCCCCAACAACAAUCGCCAAAUAUACCUGUAUCUUCAAAUAGACAGCUGCUACAGCAAUAUAGACCCCCUCCACCACCUUCUUCCACUCUGCCAAAUUUAUACCCCCCACAGACCAUCAUUCCAAAUACACCUGGGUCAGAUACGAUGCUCCCUCACACCCAGCAGCCUGUCAUUUACCCCCCACAGACAAUCAGCUCCAAUCACCCUGACUCGACUAUUGUACCAUCAAACUCCAGUAGACAAAUUCCAGACACAAGUUUCGAACAUGUGUUUUCAAAUGCCGAUCCUCAUCUCCAACAGUCAUCUGUGAUUUCAAAGAGCGAAUCCCCAAAGGAGGUGUCCCAAUCCCAUCAAAGAAGAUCUAGCUCAAGUGGCGGAAAGGAAGGUUACACUUGUGAGUGGCAAUGUGAACACUGUACUUUCCUCAAUGAUCCUGGAACAAGAGUCUGCUCAGUCUGUGAUAAAACAAGUGAUAAGCCCAUCCUCUUAAAUCAAGAAGAAUUACAAAGGACUCCACUUGGUGAUGUUUUACACCAUAGUCAGUCGACACCGUCAAACUUGUCAGGCACCAUGCAACAUCAUUCACCACCAAACCUGUCAGACAGCAACAUGCUACAUCAGUCUCCAAACCUGUCAGCCACUUUGCCACAUCAGUCAUCACCAAAUCUGUCAGCAACUACUUUACCACAUCAUUCGCCAAACAUGUCAGCUACAUUGCCAUUUCAGUCAUCACCAAACCUGUCAGCAACUACUUUACCACAUCAUUCGCCAAACAUGUCAGCUACAUUGCCAUUUCAGUCAUCACCAAAUCUGUCAGCAACUACUUUACCACAUCAUUCACCAAACAUGUCGGCUACAUUGCCAUAUCAGUCUCCUCCAAAUGUAUCAGCCGCCACUAUGCCACACAAGUCAACAACCGAUGUGUCAAUCGGAAGAAGAUUUAUAGAAGAUCAAGAUAAAGUGUAUCUUGAAAAGAAAGAAGCACACAGGCAAUAUCAGCUGAAACUAAAGGCAGAAAGACAGAUGGCUACCAAUGCUACAGCCAUGAAAUCAAAUGUGAAUCCCCCACAGCAAAUCUCUGGACCCCAAACACUGAAUGUGCUGCCAAGAAUAGAGCAGACUGCUUUAGCCCAACCAACCUCAGAACCACAAGGAGGCACACAACAUAUUUCACCCCCACAGCCAUCCCUGAUAUCAAAUAUGAAAACCCCACAGCAACCCUUGAAUUCAGAUGUGCAACCCCAACAACCUAGUCAAUCAUUUGUGAAUAUGAGAAGUCAUAUUGUUGAAGGAGAUCGUGUAGAACAAGCCAUUGAAGCAAUACAUGAGGUUCAACCUCCAGAAAAUCCUUCUCAAACCAUUGGAGAAAACACCUUAGGACAAGGUAGAUCACUCAUGGACAUUGUAGGUGCAUCCCCUCAGCAAUUCCUACCACAAGUUGGCCAGUCAGGGAAAUCUGAUACGAUUAAGAAGGCCCUUGAGAAAAUUGAAGCGAAAAAGCAUCAAGAAGACAUGAUCAUCUCGGGCCAAAAGCUGAUUAGGCUAAUCAGGGCAGCUGAUGUUUCAGACUUCAGUUUGGAAGAGAUGGAAAUUGCAAUUGAGAUAUCUGAGAAAGAGGACCCAAUUAAUUGGCUCCAUAAAUUCUGGGAUAAUAUGAUUGAGACUGUGAUCACUAUGGCAACCAUCCAAGAUGGCGGAGAGUUUGGUGAGGUUUCAUACAUCGAGGCUCGGAUGGCUCUUGGAGAGUGUAGAGGAAGGAUUCAGGACACAGUGGACUACUGCAGAGCAUCACGGGAAAAGAAGGUUGCUGAAUUGAUAAAAAUGACAGCUUCAUCAAGGGAAGAUGUUCUUGAUAGUCUGUUACAGAAUGGUGGGGAUGUGGCGGAUUCAGCUCUUAGUCUGCAUAGACAAAGUCUCAUUCAGUUUCAAGACCAUAUAUGGGCAGAUGUUGAAGAGCAUGCUGAAGCUAUGAUCCAGGGAGAUAUCCAAGUCAUCAUGAAUUCACAAGAAAUCAUGGAAUCCUUGAAAAAUGUUAACAUAGAUGCAGAGCGUCGUACGAGGGAGAUUCUCGUAGAAGGCAGAUUAAAGUCCUGGGAGGAAGCGGAGUCAGUGAUGAAAAUUUUGGAAAUAGGAGAUGAAGAGAUGAAUGUUACACUUGAAGAUAUUAUUGAAGCAGUGAAGACAAACUCUGGAGACGUGUAUGGUACAUUAGAUUACUUGAAACAAGAGUGUGAAAUAUGCUAUGAAACCUUUCCUAUGCACUAUAUCCGUAGUAUGAUAUUGUGUACAUGCAGUAUAUGCACCAGUUGUAUGAAGCAGUACAUGGAGCAGAAUAUACGAGAGUCACCUGCUAAGAACUUUGUCUGCCCAGUUUGUCAAGUUCCUGAUAUAGAGAAUAACCCACAGGCUGAUAACCAUUUUCAGAUGCUCAAUCUGAUGCUUGGUCAACUGGUUGAAGAAGAUGUCUUGGAUUUAUUUCAAAGAAAACUCCGUGACUGGAAUAUUCAAAAAGAACCCAACUUUAGAUGGUGUGCAAGUUGCGAAUGCGGUUUUAUUUUUAAUCCACAAAAUCCUGGUCAGUUGAAGAUGGUAUGCCCAGACUGCAAUAAACACACUUGCUUCAAGUGCAAGAAAAUUUGGGAGCCCCAGCAUCAUGGUAUCACAUGUGAGGAGUUUGCCAAGUGGAAGGCUGACAAUGAUCCUGAACACCAGGCUGCUGGACUUGCUAAACAUCUACAGGAAAAUGGGAUAGAUUGUCCAAGGUGCAAUUUCCGUUAUGCAUUAGCAAGAGGGGGUUGUAUGCACUUUACAUGUAACCAGUGUAAGCAUGAAUUCUGCAGUGGAUGCUCUAAGCCUUUCAUACGAGGAGAUAACUGCAAAGAGCUGGCAAGCUGUGCUAAGGCUGGGAUGCACUGCCAUCAUCCCAGAGAUUGCCUCUAUUAUCUACGUGAUUAUGACGUGAAAACACUCCAGCAGCUUUUAAUGGAAAAGAAUGUGAAGUAUAACACUGAACCUGCUGCUGGGGCGGAGAAUACUGGUAAAUGUGGCACUAUGGAACAGAAAGAUAUCGCUGACGGCUUAAAGGAUGAGCUAUGUGGAAGAGAGGUGCCUCCGAAGUAUGCUGGAUUAUGCUCAUUGCACUACAAAGAGUACCUAGUCACGCUUAUCAACAACAAUUCAAUUGACCCAAUCGAGAAAAUGAAUGAGGAAGAAUUGUUGAUAUUGUUACAGCGUAAUGGAAAGCAAGCUUUGAAGAGAAAGGAAAAUGAGGCUCUCCCUCGAUAUAAGGAGAGAUUGAUAGAUCACAUCAAGGAAGUCAUCCCAUUGCCAAAGAGAGCACAGCGUAAUUUAUAGAUACGAGUUGCAGUCUUUCCACAAGUCAAACGUACAAGGCAGUUUAUUCAAGGUUGUGAACUUGUGAAUCGUCAAUCGACACAAUUGGUUCGAAAUUCCCGUACUGAACAGAGUAUAUGUUUCCCAUCUGGAUCAUAGAAGGCAAUAUUCAUGUUUGUUAACUUAUAUUAUGAUUCGUUCAUAGUUUUGAAAUUCUUGUUGGGAAGAGAGCAUUGUUCCCCAGCUGAAUCCACUUUCGUCCUGCUGCUGAUAUAGCCAGCGACUUAUGUGACAGAUUUAAACAGAAAGACAUAUCGGGCCUGUUGUUUAUAUACAUUACAUACACAUAUAG